UGUCCGUUUUUGACGAAAAUCAACCAUAAUUUUAAGACAGAAAUGGAUCCGCGCGGACACAAAACGGGUAAAAAAUGGCAAUGAACCGCAUGUUGGUUCAUCAUUUUUAUCGGCGCGAACCCAAAUAGAUAGCUGCGGACAAAAUGGAUCGUUUCAUUGAAGUUGUCUGUUUUGAUUAAUCAAUAUAGCUCCUGACUUGCAAAAAAAAGUCUACGAAAGACGGGGCAUCAGUUAUUUAUUUGGAGCAGCCAUUAGCACGAGAGUCGAGAGAGCAACGUGUCCACUGUCAUCUUUGACAAUGCCAGCCUCUCGAGUACCACCUGUAAACCCCAUUCAACGGAAUACAUGUCAAAUGAAUGGUCGUCUGGACGGAGAGGAUUCCUCUGACCGACUCCUUGCCUUGUGAGUCAUGAUCCAUUUCCUCCAUGAAUAUAAACCCCCAGAACCAGAAUUCAUGUCCAUCUUCAACAGAAAGACGACUUAUUGCGAGCCAUGAUCCAUUUCCUCCAUGAAUACAAACCCUCGAAGACCAGCAGCCGGUGACUGCAAAGAUGGUGAGAACUCCUUCAUGUGCUCCCGGCUCUACAUGGCGGCGUUCGAGGGUCACACCCAGGAGGUCGCCGGCCUCCUGGCGGGAAGAAGCGGCGACCCGCCGGCAGCGCACUCGAAAGUUAUCGUGGUUGAUCACCAUGGGCGACCGUGUACGACCCAGGAGGUCACCGGAGACGGGAGCACGCUCCUGCACGUCGCCGCCGGGCAGGGCCACGGGGGGCUCAUCGCCGAGCUCUGCUACCACGACAGCUCCCUCCUCUCCUCGUUGAACAAGGCGCUGGACACGCCGCUGCACACCGCGGCGAGGGCCGGCCACGCGGACGCCGUGGAGGCCGUCGUCCGCCUCGCCCGGGCGAACGUCGAGGAGGACGCGCUCCGCGGGAUCCUCCGCGGCAGGAACGACGCCGGCGACACGGCGCUGCACCUGGCCGCGAGGCACGGGCACCACGAGGCCGUGGAGAGGCUCAUGAAGCUUGCGCCGGAGCUCGCCGCGGAGGUGGACGGCGCCGGCGUGUCGGCUCUGUACCUGGCGGUGAUGAGCGGGUCGGUGGACGCGGUCAGAGCCAUCGUCUUCGUCUCGCACGGCGACGCGUCGGCCGCCGGACCCAACUCGCAGAAUGCUCUGCACGCCGCCGUCCUCCAAAGUUCAGAAAUGGUCGAUUUGCUCUUGCAAUGGAGGCCAUCACUCACCAACAACCUUGACACAAACAAAAGCAGCCCGGUGCAUUUCACCGCAUCCGACGGCGACUGCUCGAUCAUCGAAGCGCUCUUAACACAUUCACCACCGAGCACCGCAUAUCUGCAGGACAGUGACGGCGUCUCAGCUCUACAUGCCGCGGCGCUGAUGGGCCAUGUAGCCGCCGUCCGCCUGCUGCUGGAACUAUACCCUUCUUGCGCCGACAUCCGCGAUAACCGGGGCAGAAGCUUUGUGCAUGUCGCAGCCAUGAAGGGCCGCUCUUCCGUUGUGUCCUAUGUUAUCAAAAGCAAGAUGCUGGAACAUCUUUUGAACAUGCAAGACAAGGAAGGGAACACGCCGCUGCAUUUGGCCGUGGCGGCAGGGGAGCACAAGGUCAUCUCCAAGCUGUUAGCGUGUAACAAGGUGCAUACCCACAUGAUGAACAAUGCUGGACGGACACCAUCUGAUCUCAUAGAGGACUCAACUGGUUUCUACUCAAUGAUAAAGCUAGUGGUGAAACUGUAUAUUGCUGGAGCGCGGUUCAGGCCAGAGAGGCAAGACCAUAUAGAGAAAUGGAAGGGCCAGGAUAUCAUAAAAUGGCGAGAGACGACAUCGAAAAAUCUUGCGAUUGUCUCCACACUCGUAGCGACGAUCGCCUUCUCUGCAGCGUUCAACGUGCCUGGAUCAUACGGAUCUGAUGGAAAGGCAAAUCUUGACGGGGAUCGCUUCUACAAUGCCUUCUUGGUGUUGGACACCAUUGCCGUGACCACAUCCGUGGUUGCAACAAUACUGCUUAUCUACGGGAGAGCUUCACGGACAAAUCGCUCCUGGAUAGGCUUCAUUGUUUCAAUGCAUUUCCUUUGGGUGGCACUGAAUAGCAUGAUGCUAGCCUUCUUCAUGGCUAUAGCCGCCGUGGUGAGCGACAAGAACCCCAUGAAGAUCGCACUGUCUCAGCUGAUGUACGGUGGGUUGUACAUCUUGAUGACACUGCUUGCAAGCUUUGCAACCCCCGGAUCGUUCCUAGGUGUUGUGCGGUUUUUGGUUGGCGGUUGUUCUGCACCUCUACGGCGUUCCAAAAGACGCAUAAGUCGACAGUUCCCCUUUGUUGUAUAUUAUGCCUUCAAUGUGAUUGUGUUCAUCAUUGUAAAUACAAUAGUACUUGUAUUAAUUAGUGUCGCUGGCCGUCUGCCUAGGUAGAAUGGCUCAGAUCAUACUGUCCUACUAGUUUAAACAUGAGUCUUCUUAAUUGCCAACAUUUGAUGUUUCUGUAAUUAUGAAUAAGCAUAUUUGUGUGUGACUUAACA